UCAGCCAGGUGCAGGGCUAAACCAGGCAGCUCCGGCAAAGCCACGGGAGGGGGAGCCAAGGCGACUUACGCCAGCAGAGAGAAGGGAACGGGAGAAGGCGAAGGUGCAGAGUGAGAGAAGGAGGAGCAUCUUGCCCUCGUCAGAAAAUUACCUGGCCACUUAAUCCCGGAGACUCCGGUACUUGGGCCCCAGUCUCCGGAGCCCAGUGCCCCUGCAGUACGCCCUCUUAUCCCAAGCCCUUCCCGCCCCCGCUUGCCCCCCGGGGGCUGCCUGGGUGCUAGGACUGGCAUGAUCAGCUGAACUUUUCAGGGUCAGCUGUCCUUUCUGGCUUCCCCUCAGCGGCACCGAGGCGAGGGGAGCGCAGAGCUCGGGCUGCGGACCGACAGACAGACCGCCAGCCGCGCUCAGACUCUCCCCACUGCGCCCUUGCACUCCCCACCCCGCCCGACUAGCCACCGGGACCAUGUCCAAACCCUCAGACCACAUCAAGAGGCCCAUGAAUGCCUUCAUGGUAUGGUCCCGGGGCCAGCGGCGCAAGAUGGCCCAGGAAAACCCCAAGAUGCACAACUCAGAGAUCAGCAAACGACUAGGCGCCGAAUGGAAGCUUCUGUCUGAGGCAGAGAAGCGGCCCUACAUUGACGAAGCCAAAAGGCUGCGUGCCCAACACAUGAAGGAACACCCCGACUACAAGUACCGGCCACGGCGCAAGCCCAAGAACCUACUCAAGAAGGACAGGUAUGUCUUCCCCCUGCCCUACCUGGGUGACACGGACCCGCUCAAGGCGGCCGGCCUGCCCGUGGGGGCUUCCGACGGCCUCCUGAGCGCGCCCGAGAAAGCCCGGGCCUUCUUGCCGCCGGCCUCGGCGCCCUACUCCCUGCUGGACCCCGCGCAGUUUAGCUCGAGUGCCAUCCAGAAGAUGGGUGAAGUGCCCCACACCUUGGCCACCAGCGCGCUGCCCUACGCGUCUUCCCUGGGCUACCAGAACGGCGCCUUCGGCAGCCUGAGCUGCCCCAGCCAGCACACGCACACGCACCCGUCCCCAACCAACCCGGGCUACGUGGUGCCCUGUAACUGUACCGCCUGGUCUGCCUCCACUUUGCAGCCCCCCGUCGCCUACAUCCUCUUCCCAGGCAUGACCAAGACUGGCAUAGACCCUUAUUCUUCAGCCCAUGCCACAGCCAUGUAACCCCAGCCUGGCCCGGACCUGAAGGGUGUCCUGGAAGGGGGAUCUGUACCCUGUCCUCUGCACCUACCCCUGGCCUGCAGAUGCCUCUGGGUCAGCCCUGCAGCUGCCCCAUAUCCCACCCCAGACUCUGCCUCUCUUUUCCACAGGGAAGGGAGGGGCUCCUCCUGGACCCAAGGCGCAGACAGGUGCCAGAAACUUGAGCAAAUGUUGUGACAGCUACAUGGCUGCCCCUAUCCCAACUUAUCCAAAACAAAUCUUUGACUUACCCCCU